GGAAGCUCUGCUGCCGAAACACUACGUCGGCUCCAGUUUAUAAUAAACACAUUACGGAUUAUUUUAUGGAUUUAUAAAUGCACAUUUCAAAGGAAACGUUUGACGGAUUGUACCGCGAACUAGGAAGUGUUAUCUAAGAAGUGAGUGGAAUUUAGAAGUUUUCUCCAGCAAGGAUCUGGAUUGAUGUCUUCAUGCAACUAUUUUGGAAAGAGACGAAGGGCAUCUUAACGAAGACUCCAAUUAAAACUAGUUACGGUGACAUCCCGUUCUCGCCGGGCACAGUAGGUGUUGCGGCUUCUCUCGGCUCCACCGGGGAGAUGUUUCAGGGGUUCCCCGGAGACCCCGACACCGGCUCCCGUGGAAGCUCAUCUCCUUCUCUUGAAUCUCAGUACCUGUCGUCCGUGGAAUCCUUCGGAAGCCCCCCCACCACCAGCGCACCACAAGAGUGUGUAUCCACCACUGGUGGGGUAGGGGUGGGUGGACUUUCAACUGGCACCGGGGCAGGGGUGGACAUGCCCAGCUCAUUUGUGCCCACAGUGACGGCCAUCACCACCAGCCAGGAUCUGCAGUGGAUGGUGCAGCCUACUCUCAUCUCAUCUGUGGCACCAGGGCAAAGCGCCACGGGCUCCAGAACCAUGACGCAGCCUGUUGCCUUGGAUCCUUAUGACCUGCCAGGCCCAAGUUAUUCUACUGCUGGAAGCUUCACCCCACCGAGCUCUGAUGCGCCUGGCCCAGUGCGUCAGUCUCGUAGCCGUCGCCGCACACGCGAUGAAACGUUGACCCCUGAAGAGGCGGAGAAAAGAAGAGUUAGACGAGAGAGAAAUAAACUGGCUGCCGCUAAGUGUAGAAACCGACGGCGUGAGCUCACAGACAGGUUACAGUCGGAGACAGACAUUUUGGAGGAGGAGAAGGCUGAGCUAGAGGCAGAAAUAUCUGAGUUGCAAAAGGAGAAGGAACGCCUGGAGUUCGUCCUGGUUGCGCACCAGCCCGGCUGCAAAAUUCCCUAUCAGGACCAGCCGCCUGCGCAGAUGCAGCAGACCUCCCCACAGGCGCCUUCCGUCUCUGUGGUGGGCUUGACUGUGAAGGAGGACUCUUUCUACCUGCCGCCCGCCUACUCGUCCCACCACCACGUCCCGGUUUCACAGCCCAAGACACAGCCGGUCCCAGCACAGCAGCAAGGGAUGAUGCAGGAGGUAGCCUUUUCUAGUUCUUUCUAUGGCCAGGGCCAGCCGGCUCCGGACGGCCCGUGCCUUAUUGCCGACGGUGGCGGUAACGUUGACACCGGCAGCUACAUCCCCUCAUACACAUCUUCAUUUGUGUUCACCUACCCAGAGGGAGCCUGCGGGGCCAGCGCUACACUGCGAACCAGCAGCAGCGAUCAGUCCUCUGAUUCCCUGAACUCACCCUCGCUUCUUGCACUUUGAGAGCUUUGCAUCUCUGCCUCUGCUUGCCUGUCGACAAAAACACACAAGCACGUACAGAUUCAAACGUUUGGCAUUAAGUAAUUGUAGGGCAGAUAAACUGGGAUCUCAGACAUUGACCUCUUACGUUAAGGUCUCGUUAAAUAAAAGCCCAGAUGUCUUAGCAUCUAAGUGACUUCAUCAAGGUGAUGUAAGUGUAUAUUAAUUCACAAUGAAUUCAGGCUUAAUAUCAAGAAGAGUCACUAGCCAAUGCAGACACGCGCACACGUUUAAAUUCUCAUGGAUGUUUAAAUCCGCCCGCGUGUGCUGCACGUGAUCAUAAUAAAAGCACAUUAGCUCUCUCCCUCUUGCUUCUAUCUCUUCUUGCUCUGGCAUACAUUGGUGUACCAUCUCCCUCGUUCUCGCUCUAUCCAUGCCAGUGUUUUUGUCUAAGCGGAAAAAGGGGGCAAAGAACUGCUGUGGCUUUUGUGGGUUUCGUUUAUUUUUUUGGGCCAGAUUGCCUUGCUUUUUUCCCCAUGCAGUUCAUCCACACCUUUUCUGACUUCUCCUGUGAAACGGGGACGUUACCGCACAAUCUCUAGCUACUUGUCUAUUUCUUUUUACUCCCUCCGUUGUCCACAUCUGUUUCUCCUCUCUCCUGUCUCUAUGUACCUCUGGUUCUCUCCGAAGUCUUCAGCCCCUGAGAGCCCGUUGGACCCUGAAAGCCCAUGGAACCUUGAGUGAGUGCCAGCCCACCCCAACACCACAAACUCCCCUCGCACGGACCGGCCUGCUUCAUUGCACAGUGGAACCUCAGAGCCUUUCUCAAUGGGCAGACAUUUCAAAUCAUCCUAACAAAACAGACACAGCACGCUAAUCAAACGACCGCAAAUGCCAUUUCAGAAGCUAUAAAGGCCAAAGGGUCGGGACUCUUUAUUCCUCCUUAUCGCUGAGGAUUUAUUCAGAUGAGUGAAGAAACACUGGGUAGACUUUAGCAAGGCCAGCAGAGGAGCUUCAACAGGCAGGUGCUAAGAGAGCCAUUGGAAUCUGGAGGUAUGAGAUCCAAUAAUCUGGAUUGGAAUUAUUCAUGAGGUCUGUUCGGUGGUAUAGCUCCACAUGUCACCUCCUGCUGGUCCUCAUAUUUCUCAGAGCUUUGACGUAAUGUUAUGCCCUUUCAUGUUUACUGUGUGAAUUAGAAGGGUUUGUUUCAUUCUGUGUUUCAAUGAUAGUAUUAACUCUCAUGAGUGCAUACAAAGGCGGCUUUUAUUGUGUGUUACACCAAUAGUGUCAAUCGGUGUCUGAGUUUGAAAAGCAUUAUAAUGAAAAUGAAAGACCAACAAAAAAGACAACAACAUAGACAACCUCUUGGUUUUGGAUGAGUGGCCUCUGUGCUUCUAAAAGUCGUCGCUGUUGUUCUUGAGUUGUGGAUCUGGUUUAGCACAGCUCCAGUCGUUGAUGUGAAUGGAAGUCACAGAGGACUGCAUUUCCAGUUUAUUUCUUUCUUUAAGGGGGUUGUUAAAGCCGAAACAAAGUAAAGCACAAAAGCCAGCUAUAGACGGAAGGAAGGAAGGAAAACAACGGUGGCCAAAAGGAUGCAAUGUGCUUAUGAAUAUGAACCAUCUACUUUUCUGUGAAUGUUGAUGAUUUUUGAUGUUUUAAGUUACAGAUUUGUCAUUAUGCUUAUCUCUUUUGCUCUUGAUUGUGCCGUUGCUGCCAAAUGGAAGAAUUUUGUGGGGCUCUUAGCUGCUCCUUCUCUCUGUUACUGUUGUCGUACUGCAGUUAUCACAAAUAUUGUUAUUAUGGUUAUUAUUAUUUCAUAGUUAGCUCAUGUUGGCAACUGAAAAGGCAUGUUGUGCUCUAUGCUCUAUGUCAUAAACUAUAUAUAAAAUAUAUAAAAACAUAUAUUAUGUAUGCAUAUAUAUACAUAUUCAGUGUGUAUAUAUAUCUGCAAUGAUUGUAAUGUAAUGUAUGAAUGUUCAGAAAAUGAUAUUUUUGUCAAUGAAGACAGAAGAGAGAGCUUGAUGCACUUGGUUUUGGUUUAAACAGAUAUUUUUCUAAAAAGAACAAAAGAUAUAUAUUAUAAUAAACAAUAACAGCUCACCUUUCCCUUAAAAUGAAAAGCAUUGUCACUGCCUUUCAUUCAAAAUGUGUACUAUGUAUGAUGAUUUUAUUCAAACUGUGGUGCAUAUAUGUGUAUCACGGAUUUGUGGAAGCUAUCCACUGCUUUUUGCUGUGCUUGAUUUGUCAAUAUUAUUGGUCCCACAGCAUUUGUUCAUCAACCCCUGUGGACAAAACACACUGGACACAAACAUCUAUGACUGCAUAAAUAAAAAAAUAAAUAUGCUAAAGAAAAAAUAAGAUAUGAAUCGAGUGUCUCAAUGUAUCAAUGUAGAUGACCUUAUAAUAUUCAACUGUGUUUAUCAAGCAGUUGUGAUGUAUUUUCCUAUGUAUUUAUCAUGUCCAGUGUGUGCUGUCUGCCCCUUAUUUUGUGUGUGGGCUUGAUGGACAACCACUUUCAAUUAGCCCUAAAACACAGAUGCAAGUAUUUCAACACAGGGAAGAUCUAUUGUUCUUAAUGACUUUGGCUUCAUCUGUAGUUUUGUAUGGGAUGGAAAAGAUCAUAUGUACAGUCGUUGAAAAUGAAAUGCCUUUUUAUGCUACAUUUAUAUACACAAGUGCACCAUUGUCUUGAAUUUAGACCUGUUAUGGGUGCAAAUUUAAAGCGGAGGUAAAACAUAAGCUCUAUGUGCUAAUUUAACAUUCAUUAUGUCAUCUCAGUUACGGUGGGAUACAGUAUCACCAAAUGUAAUGAAGGACAAACUCUGAUUUCACAAAGAGGGACAAUAUUAGAUUUCUCAUUUAAUUAAGUUUGUGCUGUCAAACAGCUUUGUGAUACAACAUUACAUUGAUAUCAAUUCCAAAUUUUCUUUAAAAGACUACAUUGUGUGUAACAACAGUUUUAUGUUGUUUUGUUUUUUUAGCUGUUUUUGCUUUUGUUACUUCUACGCCAAAAUAUGUUACUGUAUCCUUACUUAUGUGAUCUGGCUCUGAUAUCAUAAAGAAAUGAAAAGUAUUGGUUAAAUGUUACAGUAUAUGACUCUGUGGUCUUCCACUUUGCAAAAACUCCUUGUUAGGCUUAACCGCACAAUCGCUGGAGGCUACGAUAAUUCUAGGUAUUACCAAAUUCACACAGUAGAAUGCAAUAUAUCAGAUACUCUAGGAGAACCAUGUAGCAAAUCAACUUAAUUGUAAGAUUAAAAUCAAUCCUGAAUACUACAGUGUCACAGUGAAGAAUAGAAUCUGUCUUUACAGUUUAUCUCAUGUAUGAUUUACUCUGCUAAGUACUCUAUGAAUGGAUGGUUAUGCAUUGUGAGGUUGUAAAACGUCAGUGCCUCUCAGCUCGGUGGGAAUCAUUUGAUAGAUGAAUUGUCUUUACUUCCUAUUGCACAUUUGAAGAUUGCCUUUAAUAUAAAAGAGUGAAAUGUUAGUGAUCAUAUUUUACAACCUCUUGUUUCAAACAGUGUAAAGAGGGCUGACUUACAUCAGACACAUUUUUGCCUUUUUUGAAGGGAAAGGAACGCUAGGCGUAAACAUCAAAGAAUAUUGUAAACUGAAAAUAAUAUGGUGCUUUUUCAAUACUUUUUGUCUUUGUACAGUAUAUACUUGAUAAGAAAGCAGAUAUCAGAAGUGUCUGGAAGGUUUGAUGUCAUGGGCUUUUGGACACUCUCGAAGAGUGCUUUCCUCACCAUGACUGAUGGCCCUGCUCUAAGUUCUCAUAUUUGAACAGCAUAUUUAAUUCAUUCUGAACCACCCUUGUGAAUGAUAUAAACACCGCUUUACGUUCUUUAUCUUUUCCUCUCCAUUUCAUUUCACUUUAUGCUAUAUUUCUAGCCCUUUAAUGAAUGGAGAAGGACACUUCAUAUUGUUACAUAGACUGUGAAAAGUAGGUGUACUGUCCUAUCUUAAUAUCUUUGUAUGACGUCUGGUUUUUCUUGUAAUGGAAAUGUCUACAAAAUAAACAUAUUCA